AUGACGGCAGAGCGAACGAGGGGAGCAGAGGACGAGGGGGAGAGAGGAGCUAGGAGUGAGAAGUCCUCGCUGUCACUCAGAGAAGACACGAGAGCUGGCUCCAAGAUCAGAGAGCUUGCUGUUGAAGGGAACUUGUCCCAGUACAGGACAAUAGACUUGGAGUAUGGGCAUGAGGUGUCCAACGAGACGCUUCACUUGAUCUCCAUGCAUGCUACAGACCUUGAGCAUCUCAACUUGAACGCGUGCCAAGAAUAUGACGAUGAUGGCCUUCUCUACUUGUCCAAGGCAUGCACUCGCCUGGAAUCGCUCUCGCUGUAUUGGAACGUGAAGGUUACAGACGUAGGGAUUUCUGGCAUAGCGCGCGUAUGCGCAGGGCUGACGGAUCUUUGUCUUUCUGGAUGUAAGCAUCUUUCUGAUACGGGGCUGAACGAGAUCGCCAGAGCUUGCACUAAUCUUGUCUCACUGGACCUCACGAGAUGUGCUAGGCUGACGGAUGCUUCUAUCAGCACUACCAGUCAGCACUGCACGAAACUUCGCAAGCUGCUGCUGUACGCGUGCGCGAGCCCGACAGAUGUGGGUGUUAAAGCGAUCUUUGAGCACCUGCAUGACCUUGAGAACGUGGACUUGUGCGGCUCACAUCACAUGACGGACGAGGCUUUCCGGCAAGUCUCGCACCGGAGGAUUCCACGUCUGCGCAGGAUCAACUUGGGAUGGUGCCAGGGCAUCUCGGAUGAGACGCUGAUAGCGAUCGGGCAGGGUUGCCCCAACCUGCAGUACAUCUACCUGCUGGGGGACAAGCUUAUCACCUCCAGGGGCCUCGAGGCUCUCAGUCAAGGCUGCAGCAAGUUGUGUGGGCUCGACAUCUGCGGGCUUGCUCACGUGGAGGACCGUUCGAUGCCUGCGAUGCAAAGGCUUUUCCCUAACUUAACCUUCCUAGCGAAACUUGGCAUGGCGCCGAAUUAUCACGAGGACUAG